AUGUAUGGCAAGACCAUUUCGACCCAGUCAUUCAGCAUCUUCCCAUUCAGGCCAGAGGCGAAGAUUGAUUCUUCUGUUCAGAUUGACUCAACCAUUAUUCAGGCCCAGAACACGAUUGCAGCAACCCUUGCCAAUGGGGAAUUCUCUGUUGUGUCUAACACCAACGCAUUUGAAGACAUCUUGACCCAUGUUGCUGAGCUUUCCUUCAAAGACAGCAAGCUGUCACUGAAAUGUGAUGCAAAUGCCCUUGCUCUUGGUAUGAAGAUCCGCAACCAGGCUGAAGCCUCUGCUGGUGCUGGUGAAGUUGUCAUGAGAAUGGAGACAAAUGCAGAUCACUCUGAAAACCGUGUUUACUCUCUGCUGACUGCCUCUCUUGAUGUUAAUGGUCUGGCUGUAAACAGUGAUGCCACUGUGAAGCUCCUUGAGAAUGAGGCUAUUCACAAAGCUACACUGAAAAUGAACAAGGAUGGUAUGACCACAAGUGGAACAAACACCCUCCAGAGCCCCCUUGCCUUGGAAAACACCUUCGAUGCUGGGUUUGAUGCUUCAAGAGCUACUCUAUCCUUCACUAACAAGGCUGCGAUGCGUGACAUCAAGGUUGAUAAUGCCAACACUUUGACCAUUACUCUCUCUAGCUUUGAUUUCACCUCAAAGACUGAAGCCACUGCAAGUGAGUAUGCUUCCUACACUCAUGAUAUCACCAUCGACCUGAAGCCCUACACUGCCUCUGCAAAUGUUAACAACAACUUCAAUGUUCUGUCGGCCAACUUCAUUAAUGAGGCUCAGCUGCAGGCAGAGCUGUACAAGAUGGACCUGACUGGAAGCCUGAAAGCCAUCUAUGGUGAGGAAGAGAUCAAGCACACAUAUCAGGUGAAUUAUGCUGAUAUGACUGCUAAUGCAAAGUGCAGCACCACUGGAAAAGUCUUUGGCACUCACAUGAGCCACAACACAGAGCUUGAAGUUGUCGGUCUUGCUGCUAGACUCACCAAUGAUGCCCGCUUCAACUCUCAGCCAAUGCGCUUUGACCACACCAUCCGUUGCAGUAUUGUGCCUUUUGAUUUCAACCUUGAUGCCAUUUUCAAUGCCGAUGGAGACCUGACCAUGUAUGGAAAGCACAGUGCCCAGCUCUAUGGCAAAUUCCUCCUUAGAGCACAACCCCUGGCUUUUGCUAGCUCACAUGAAUGCAGAGCAUCAGUAACCCAGCAGCUAGAUAACGGGUUUUCCCUUGAGACCACAUUUGAUAACAAGAUGGAUAAUGUUCUGUCACUCCAAGAGCAGAAGACCAGUUUUAGAAUGAAGUCUAAAGUGAAUGAGCAUGCCUUUAAUCAGGACAUGAAUGUUUACAACACUGCUGAGAGAACUGGAAUUGAGGUUUCUGGCACCAUCCUCACAAACAUCCUCAACACAGACUCCACAGACAACCAGGAAUUUGCCAUCUCUGGGUUCGUCAAGUAUGACAAGAACACAGAUAGUCGUAUAAUUCAGUUCCCACUAAUUGAAAAUCUACCUGCCUUCUUGGAAAGCGUCAAGGGCUUUGUUGUGCGUAUUGCAGAGGCAAUGCAAGAUUACCUCAACAAUGAGGAGAUCAGAGCUAAACUUGAGGCUCUUCCCCAGUAUGUAAGUGACUUUAUUUCUCAACUGAAUAUAGAAGACAAACUAAUUCAGCUGAAGCAGUAUUUCAGUGAUUUUACCCAAGAAUAUGUCAUCUCUAUGGAGGAUGUGGAAGCCUCUUUGAGAAACCUGAAGGUUAAUGUUGAGAAACUGAUGGCUGAUCUUACAGUUUACAUCCAACAAUUUGCUGGUACGAUGAAGGAGAUUAUUGUUAGUGGCACCAUGCCUGAAGCCUUCAUUCAGAAGAUCCAGCAACUGCUGAAUGCCAUUAAUGAGGAGUAUGAUAUCAAGGCUGUGGUUAUGUAUAUGAUUGAUACCAUAAGGGAGAUGAUCCAGCAGAUUGACCUGGAAAAACUGAAGGGCAGCAGCAUUGCAUUCCUGUAUGAUAUUGAUGCUAAGUAUGAAAUCAUGGCUAAACUACAAACAGUUAUGAGUGAUGUGAAACAAACAAUUGAGACCUUUGACAUGCAGACAUUUGUUGCUGAACUGAAGAGCUUUAUCACAUCCAUCAACUUUAAAGCUUACAUUGAUGUAGUAGUGAAUCAGAUUCCCACACAGAUUUUCAGCGAUAUAACAGAGUAUGUUAGGAAAAUGAUUCAGGACCUUGACAUCGUAGGAAAGAUCAAUGCAUUCUAUGCCAAAAUGAGAGAGUUGAUUGUGAAGUUUGAGGCUGACAAAAAGGUUCAAGCCAUCUUGGAAAAGGUUGUGGAGCUCAUCAAGCAAUUUAGAAUUGAGGAAACCAUCAGUGCUGUUGCCAAUAUGGUGAAGGACGCAGACAUUCCUACCAAAUUCAUGCAAGUCUUCCAGGGUUCCAUCAACUACUUGAAAACAACGGAGGUAAAGGAUAUAAUUCAAGAGCUGAAUAUCUAUAUUGACACUAUUGUGAUUAAGCUAAAGUCAUUGGACUACAAUGAGUUUGUGGAUUAUGCCAACCAACUUAUUGCUGAGUACACAGCUUACACGAAUGAGCUGAUCAGGUCUCUUGAAAUCCCCCAGAAACUUGAUGCAACAAGAGAUUUUGUCAACCUUGUCCUAUCCUCUGGUAGUGGCUUUAUGGAACGCCUUAGAGAAAUCAAAGUUGCAGAGAUGAUUAAAUCUGUAAAGGAAAUCAUCGACCAGGUUGUGUUUGAUAACCUUAGGGGAUUUGCUGAAUAUGUAAAGCAGGGAAUAACAAAUAUUGAUGUCAGAGCUGAGAUUACAUCUUAUCUUGACUUAGUGAGCAAAUUCUACACAAGAGUCAUGACCAUCACCACUGAUAUGUUCAACAAUAUGGUUGAGAUGAUUAAAAACGUCUUACCUGAGCAAGAGAUAAUCAGCGAGAUUCAGCAAAUCAUUAAUGGACUCAUUACUGAACUUAAGAAAGCUGAGUUGAACAUGCCAUCUUUCAUUAUUCCUUUCACUGAUUUCGUUGUGCCCUCAAUGAAGUUCAGCAUGGAUACGCUUGGACAGUUUGAAAUCCCAACACAGCUGGAUAUCCCUGAGUUCACCAUCUUGGGCUUCUACACUGUGAAAGCCACCACAAUUUCCUAUGAUGACAUCAAGCAGAGAAUUAUUGAACUUAUUGAUUUCAUUGUAAACUUUGAGAUCAAGAUGGUUGAUGUGGAUGCUUUCUUUGGAGACCUGGCAAUGAAUUACCUUCCUACCAUGCCUGAGAUAAUCUUCCCAGAGAUCACUCUUCCUGAUAUCUCAUUCCCUACCAUUCCACAAGUUUCUACAGAAAAGCUUGUGAAGUCUCUUCAGCUUCCUGAGAUCCAGCUGCCAACCAUUCCAAGUGAGAUCAUGGUCCCAUGCUUUGGUAAACUCUAUGGUGAGAUGAGAUUCCAGACUCCCAUCUACACUGUCAAGACAACUGCUGAGUUCCAGAACUCCACUGAAAGCGAAAUGACACCUACAUUCACUGGAUCCCUUACAUCCCAGGCCAUAUCUCCAAGUUUUGAAAUUCUUAAUUACAAACUUGACUCUACUGCUCGUCUUGCAAUUCCAAAAAUGAGUCGUGUUGUCUUUGCAGAGACUCUUAAGUUGAACCAUCAAGUUCUUGGAUUUGAACAUCAGGCAUCUGUAACUCUCUAUGGCCUAUCAGCUCAGGCCCAAGCCAAAACUACAAUUAAGGUUACCACUUCACCUUACACUGCUGACCUUAUGAACACAGCCUUUAUUGCUAUGGAAGAAGGAAUGUCUGCCUCUCUCGACACAACUUACACUCAUUUAGUGAACCUCCCAAUUAUCGAAUUCAGAAGCGAGGCCACUGUAUCCCAGAAAGCAAUUGCUCGUCAAGAUGGCUACACCUUCACUCUGACAGUUGACAAUUCAGGCAAUGGCAAAUUGAAUGCAGAAGAUGGCAACCACAAAAGCAACAUGCAAUUGUCACUCACUCCUAGCAUUGCCACUCUAACUUUUUCAGGUGACACAGACUCUUCUAUCUUAAAACUGAAACAGCAAAUUACUGCUGAAUCUGGCACCUUUACCUACUUCAAGUUCAACAUCCGCAAUGAGGCAGAGGCACCAGUUAUUAAGAACAGUCUUUUUGUGGCAUCUGGACAUGCCAGUCUUUAUGAUAUGAAGGUUGAGCUGAAAGCAAACCAUGACACAGAACUGUCUGGUGAAGUCAGUGGAGUCCUGUCCAAUGUAAUCAACAUUGUGGCCCGUCCUGUUGAGUUUGUCUUUGAAUUCCAAAACAAGGGAAAUACCAAGGUCAACAUUUUUAACACUCUGACUGCUAAGGUAGAUCUGCAGAACGAUUACUCAGUCAUCUUUAAACCUGACAGCCAACAGAUUAACACCGUGGCUCUGGCUCGUCUUAAUCAGUACAAAAUGUUCUACAAUUUCACGGUUGACAAUAACGGAAAUGAGGCUGGCAUCUUUGUUGCCAUGGAAAGUGAAGCCAACCUUGACUUCUUGACAUCUCCAAUCAGCAUUCCUGAAAUUGACCUUCCUUUUGUUGACUUCCGUACUCCAGCUAUCAUUGAUCUAAACUUGUACGAGCAGACUGGAUUGAAUAACAUUUUGACUACCACUGAGCAGAGUGUUGAUGUGGAUGCUAAGGUUGUGUACAAGAAAAGCCAGGCGGCCCCCCUUGUUGAUAUGAUGGGUCUGAUCCAGAUUCCCCCUGUAGGUAACCUGAUCACAGAGCUGUCCUUCAAGUCUGCCAUCAUUAAUCUAAAUGUUAAUGCUGGACUGUAUGCUGAGGAUGAUCUUGUCUUCCGUCUGGGAGCUAUCACAGCCUCUGUGUUUGAAGGUCUAAAAGCCAAACUUGAUGGCACCACCAGUCUGACCACCAAGAGAGGAAUAAAGUUGGCCAAUUCCCUGUCCCUUGAAAAUCGUCACAUGGAAGGCACUCAUGACAGCACCAUCAGUAUGAGUACUGAGACUUUUGACACUGCCGUCUCUGUGGCCACUGUUGCAAAAAUUGCCCUGCCUAUACUGAAUCUGGAAGCCAACCAAAAUCUGAUUGCAGACACCAAAACCAAACCAAAUGCUGUCUCCACCUUGAGGAUGAAGGGUGAUUUCAACGUCCCUGUAAUCAAGGCUGUUGGAAAGGCUGAGGUAGACCAUACUCUGAAGUUGGAAGGAACCUUUGAGUAUGUUUCCAUGGAGGCAGCCACUAGGGCAAACAUGGAUGGCACAGUGCUUGAAGACUAUUUAGUUUUGGGAGUUCUGGAUAAUGAAGUUAAUCUGUACCUGAAUAAUGAUGGCCUACGCUCCACCUUCAAGGUUAUUGCCGAUGCCAAGCUUAACUCUGGCACCACAAAAGUAAUUGGCAUGGAUGUAAAUGAGAAUCUCUCUGUUGAAGCCUCCCUGGGCCGUGUGUAUGCAGUGCUAAAGUAUACUGGCAACAACGAGGCAAACUUGUUCAACUUUAACACCAAUGGGAAGCAUAUUGCCCAGGCUACGAUUGAUCUUGCACCAGCUUCUUCCUUGACUGCUGAUAUUGAGAUUGAUAUUUCUCAGCCAAGCAGCCUGGGUGAGUUCACCAUCUUUGAGAAAACUGUUGCUGAAGUGACUGCUGAUAAGCAGAAGAUGUCAACCAAUGUCAAGUUUGUCAGCCCACUGUACACCACAAACAUGGCAGUUGAAGCAGAGGGCAAUGCUCCUGUCUUCAUAGUCACCUUUAAGUCUUCUGCCACCUCUACCUUCGUCUUCCUGGAGUAUGACCUGGAUGCUUUGACGAACACAAACUUUGAAAAUGAAGCUCUGAAAAUGAUUAGCAAGGCUGUCCUGACACACGCUGACCUUACCAUGGAUGUCAACCAUGUCAUUACCCAAGCCCUGAGGAGCAAGCGUCAGGCUGAUGACAGUACCUCUCGCCAUACUCUGAAUGUGGACAUCACCAGUCCUACUUUCACCGAUGUCAACCUUCGUUAUGCUGCUGGCAGAGAUGGCAUCAGUGCCUCAGUAUCUACCCCCUCAACUGGCUUCCUCGGCCUUCAGUUAAAUGGCAGAGUCCCAUCUCAGAUGAGUGCAAGAGUCUUUGGUCGUUAUCCUUCUGCCCCAGAGGUCGAACUUGACAUGUUGGUCAUCAGGGCAUCUUCUAAGGAUGCUGAUAAGAUGAACCUGCAGAUUGCCUACAACAUGGAGAUACCCAAAGUAAUUCUCUCCGAACUCAAGAUGAAACUCCCUUCCGUCAUCAAUACAUUGAAUAUGUUUGCUAACAAGUAUCAGAUCACAAGCAACAUUGAGGCGUUGAAGGACUCAAUUGUUAACCGCAUCAAUGAGGCCUAUAAUGCUGCAAUCAACUACGAUGUUCAAAUGAGCCAGCUGUCAGUCUUCUUCAGGAACAUCAUUGUCCAGUACCAGAAGACUGUCCAGGUCUUCCUGGAUGCUGCCAUCCAGGUCUUGAGGGAGACCCAGUUCAAACUGCCUGGGUCUGAAGACAUGACAACUCUCCCUGAGGUCCUAAAGAGGCUGACCAGCAGCAUUGCUGCUACGCUAGAAAUGAUCCUCCAGAAUAUCUAUGAGAACACUGAGGUCUACUAUAACUACUUUGUUGAGAUGAUCAGCAGUGUGAAAUUGCGCAUGCCAGUUGGUGAUGCAAUCACAGGAAACCAGAUCUUGGAUCAGGUCAAAACAGCUUUCAAGCAGGUAUUUGAUGAACUGGUAGACUUUGUGAAAAAUAUGGAGAGUCUUGACACAAUGCUAGUGAAGAUUGGUGAGACCCUGAAGGCUGUUGUUGAGAAAUCUCAGGAGUUUGUCGACUCUGUCAGGUCUGACUAUUUGGAUGCAGUGUUUGUCAACAUCAAUGUUGUCUAUCGUAACCUUAUCACAGUUGUAAAGAAUGUUGUUGACCAGAUCUCUGCUUUAAGUUCGGAGCACCUCGUCAAUGCAUUUGAAUACAUUAUAGACAUGUUUGUUUAUGUAGUGGACCAAUACAAUAACACUGUUAAUGGUAUCCUGCAGCAGGCUUCAGCAGAGGCUCAAGCCUACAUGAGAGUUAGUGACGGAAGGUUUGAGGUUGAACUUCCAUUCCCCUUCCAACAGUAACAAAUCCUCACAAGUCCAUAUGAAACACUACCAUCUAUGCAAAACACAUGCUUGGAAGAAGUAUGUACAAUUAGUUCUUUAACCAUAUUUAUAACAGUGCCUUUAACAAAAACACCUGUUGUUUCAUUUAAAUUUAGAUGGUUUACUGUGUACAAACCUUGAAAAUGUAAAGUUUUACUAAGACUUUUCUUCCUGUAAAGACUGAAAAGCAUCAAUAAAAUACAUU